AUGGCUCUCAAUUAUCUACCAAUCCAGGGCUCAUCUAUCCCAUCAGAGCAACUGUUCUCGGGGUGCGGUUUGACAGACACUAAACUGUGGAACCAACUGAAUCCUGCAACACUUGAAGCUAUUCAGGUGUUGAAGGAUGCAUACUCUUCCGGAAUGUUGAAGCCUAUAGUUGAAGCUGCUGAAUGGCAACCGAUUUUUUGGGUUCCACCUGCAAGUUCUAGCACCUCCUCAUUAACUUAG